AUGAAGUCCGUCGGUGAGGUCAUGGCCAUCGGCCGCACCUUGAGGAGUCCUUCCAGAAGGCCAUCCGCCAGGUCGACCCCAAGUUCGCCGGCUUCCAGGGCGACCACUUUGAGGACCUCGACUUCGAGCUCCAGAACCCCACCGACCCGCCGCUGGCUCGCCGUCGGCCAGGCUAUGCUCCACCACGACUACUCUGUCGACAAGGUCCACGACCUCACCAAGAUUGACAAGUGGUUCCUCUACAAGCUCGAGAACAUUGUCAACAUGACGCGCGAACUCCAAGACGCCGGCGGCCUCAGCGCCCUCACCAAGGACCAGGUCCUCCAGGCCAAGAAGCUCGGUUUCUCCGACAGGCAGAUUGGCAACGCCGUCAAGAGCACCGAGGACGAGGUCCGCGCCGUCAGGAAGAACUUCGGCAUCCGCCCCUGGGUCAAGAAGAUCGACACCCUCGCCGCCGAGUUCCCCGCCGACACCAACUACCUGUACACCACCUACAACGCCUCGUCCCACGACGUCACCUUUGAGGACAAGGGCACCAUCAUCCUCGGCAGUGGUGUCUACCGUAUUGGCAGCUCCGUUGAGUUCGAUUGGUGCGCCGUCAGCGCCACCAACGCUGUCCGUGAGCUCGGCCAGAAGGCUGUGAUGAUCAACGUAAGUCCAAAAGUUUCUUUCCUGUGUUUCCUUUCUUCGCUUGUCCAUUUCUUCGACCUUCCGUCUAUGCAAUUGUUCUGCCCCGUGAUCCUAUUGCUACGAGGCUUCUCGAGCAUCUUGUCCAGAUCAAGUCAUAUCACGUGA